GCCUGUAUGAAUGCCGUGUCAUAGGUGUUAUUUCAAAUGAUGCAUAUCUUUUUAACCAUGGGUCCGAUGGACCUCACAGAUCCUUAGCCUACCAUCAAGUUUUGACAACCUGAGAUCAAUUGAAACCGUCUGUCCUUUUACUUCUUGUAUUACCUUCCCUUGAUCGGACUAAUCAACCAAGUGUGGAACGACCGACCGUGCCUCCGGACGUGGCGUUGCGACUUGCUUGUCUGGCGUCUGUUGUCUGUAAUUACUGAACACGAGACAGCGGCGCACGGUAUUUUGUUAUUUCCACCAAGACCUCAUUGUAUUUUCUAACACGGACCGUCUCUUGAAAUCUUCUGAGCAGUCAAAUUGUGGCAUAUUUUUAUAAACUUUAAUACCUUUUUUUGCCUCUACCUUCCCCUUGAUUGACGGAAUCAUCGACCUCGUUGCCUGCAUCUCCCUCCAGCGCGGUGAUGCUGUGAUAUCAUCGACGAUAGAAGGACACGGACAGCCUGCGGAUCCGGAGGGGAGGGGACCCGCAACCGAUCAAAGCCCGAAUUUCUAUCGGCGGGACUGAGGAGCAAAAUAGAAUGACGAAACCGAGGAUACGCAAGCCUCGCACAUCGCGACGUGCCCCAGGGCUACGAGAUAGCGAUUAUGAUCAUGAAAUUACACUAGUGUCGGACGACGAUACAGCAACCAACGACCCAAAGAAUACCACGAAUGGCAACGGCACCAAUCAUAGUAAUGAGACUGGACCGAGAGGGGAGAGUUUCGAAUCAGGAGUUGGGCCUUCAGAACGUGUGCCCACGACGGAGCCGCUUGUUGGGAAACAACGGAGCGGUUCUCGGACUUCUUCAUCCUCAUCAUCUCGCAGACGCUCAGGUCAAUCGGAUACGAGUCGGGUAUCAAAGUUGCCAAUAAAGGAAUCGAACAGGAGCGCUAAAAUCGCGAAAGAGCCGGCCAUACACGUACAGCAGCCAACACCUUUUGAAAGACCAGCCCAGGAUGCCUCACCACCCGAUAGAUCUAGUAACACCAGGGCGGUAGAUACCGAAGCGAUUGACAUACUCUACGAAAACGAGCGCGGUGCCCUCUGUUGUGGCAUACCCCUCUUCGCAUCAAAAGCAUUAGGAAACCUCGAUCCGCCACCAUGGACCAACGUAGCACACAAACCGAGCCCAACUAACAUCCAUACCGCACAAGUCCCCGACCCGUCAUGGACCUGGGCGUGGCCUGAGUGGCGGGUCAAUCAUGAAGAUGGAACGGACAAGGACGGCUGGGAGUAUUCAUUUGCAUUCUACAAAAAGUUUUCCUGGCACGGACCCAAGUGGUGGAACUCUUUCGUCAGGAGGAGGGCUUGGAUACGACGGCGGGUCAAGAAGGAUGUCAUGCGGGAUGCUAACGGCGGGGAGCUUCUGCAGCCCGACUACUUCACCGUCAGGUCGACGCACGAGGCCGCUGUGGCCGCCGCGGCCAAGGAUGUCGAGAGCCGACCGAGCAGCAAGCGGGAGAGCAUCAUCAGUCAUGCCAGCGCGGCCUCACGGACGGCUGCGCUUAUAAAUGAGAUAGCGACCGUCGGUGGAGUGUCCAACUUGGAGAUUAGAGACGUGGACACGCUGUUGGCCGUACUACGCGCCUGCCGCAUCGACAGGGAGAAGAUUGAGGCCGUGGAGAAGUUCUUGUCCAACGGCGGCGACGACGACCUGGACCGCCUGGAUGAAAAGAUGCACGAUAUAAUGACAUUUUUUGUCUUUCAGGCUUCGCGUCGCGCACUCGUCGCGCGGCUGGCCGAGCUGCGUGACCGUGCGGCCGAAGAAAGUGCCAGAAACAGGACUGGCAAGGACAAGGAGGCCGGCAAGGACGAGGGAGAUAAAGUGGCCAGCCUCGAUGCCGCACUCAAACACGCCGACGAAGAGGUCAGGAAACUUGAGUACUGGAGCGACAUCAAGGGCCUCGCGGAGAAGGGACAGUCACGGGACACUAUGGAUGGUGAUUGCGGCUGGGACCACAGUUGGCAGGGCGUUGACAAUAGUGGGCCCGCUGCGCCAGGAGAUCGUCCACAGAAGUAGGAGGCUUUCGUCGAGCAAUAAAUUCUCAUUGCCUAAAAACCUAUAGAUACCAUAUCCUUUUUUUUAUUGCUGCC